AUUAGAUGUAAAAGUUUGUUGAGAUUAUGUCGAAACAAAUAACACCGGAAGAUGUAAUCCAGUUUACUCGGCUCAGUGUAGCUUUAAGCUUUUGUUGGCCAUCUGCUGACAACAGCGGCAGAAGCCGCGGCAGUUACAAAAUUGCACAAAUUUGUAUUGUCAUCAACGCUUUUCUGAUUCUUGUGCCUUCGUUGUACUCGAUUUAUUUGUACCUAGACGAUAUAAGUUUUUACUUGGACGCUCUCUUCAAAUGUAUCACCUUAACGAUAUACACCACGCAACUAGUUGUUCAGACUUGUAUAUGUUGGAAGAAACGUGACUCGCUCCAGCGUAUAAUUGGCGAGAUGGUGAAAUGUGUGAACGAGGCGCAGCAGUUCGAAAGAGAAAUUUUCAUCGCACAUAUAGUAAAAUGCAACGUCCUUUAUAGUGCUUAUGUAGUGGCUGUUUAUACGUCGCUAACCUUUUUUAUGUUUGGGCCUUUGGUCUUACCGAUUCCAACCCUGGUCAAUGUAGAAUAUCCGUUUGAAGUUAAUUAUACACCAGUAAAUAUUAUUAUCUACUUACAUCACAGCAGCGUAUGCCUCACCGUCACUGCACACUUAUGCAUAGGCGUAGUUGGUGCGCUCUUAAUGUGGUUUGCCGCUGCAAGAUUCGAAUGUUUAGUCGUGGAAAUUGAGAAAAUUACGAAUAUUCGUAUGUUGAUCGUUUGUAUUAAGAAAGAAUUAUUUUUAAGAAGAUACGCGGAGGAAGUGGUCGGUUGUUUUCGCUUUAUAGUACUUUAUGUCUUGGGAAUGACAACGUUUACCAUAGCUCUGUGUGGGAUUUUGAUGAUAAUGGAUUCUCCAAUAACUACGAAAAUGGAGCUCGUUAACUCUAGUGCCUUCUGUCUCAUCCUCACAUUCAUGUAUGCGUGGCCAGCUGAUUAUUUGCAAGACGCUAGUGUGAACGUCUCGCAAAGCGUAUACGACAUAGACUGGUACGAACAGUCUUCAGAAGUGCGAAAGCACAUGCUCAACGUGUUGGUUCAUCAAAAACCGGUAACACUUUCUGUCGGUUGUUUUAUGCCGGAACUUAAUUUGCGUUUCUUUUGUUCGUUCGUGUCCAACGCCCUCUCCUUCUGUACAGCUUUGCGUGCCAUGGUACAAGACGAGUCGAUAUAAAGGAAGAUUUGCUCCUUCGCUGUAACAUCGUGCGUGGCACCAUCGUCGACUCGCUUUGAUGCACGUGGAUAAUCAGUUCCGUUGUUCGAGGAACACUGCUAACAGAGAACGCGCUACCACCACGAUGAUAGCGCCACUUUCAUGGCCGAGCUCGGGUCAAGGACCGACACGUUCUUGCCAAACGACUGGUUGCGUUAAGGAUUCUGCAAUGCGGGGGAAUUAACGCAACGACUGCCGACGUCGACAAACGCAAUUUCCCGUCGCUGGCGGUUGAACAGCACCGUGACAUAUCAUAUCGGUAGAACAACGUGGAGCCGUAUCCUUGGACGAGUUGGCUAAAUAGACUGUUUAUAGAGUAGACACAGUGUUUUGAAUGUUGUACGCGUUGCUAAGAUAAGCAGAACAAAAUCGAUUUUGUCGAAGAACGAUAAAUUUUGAUUAAGGUUUCGUGAAAUUAAUCCGACAGUAUGACAUUGGCACGAAGGAAGUUCAUAAUCGACUUCGAGGGAAUUGCUUUGAAUUUACUGCAUUAAUUUUCUCUUUUCUCAUGCUUGAUGCUAAUUUCAAGCUUUUUUGUCGCAUGUGCGAUAGUUUGGUAAGAGAAGUUGUGUAAAGAAAAUUAGAUUUUUGCCGAUGAUAAUGGUUAAAAGUUUCGUAACUCAACUGAAAUUUUUCUUACGUAUUGUAGUUAUUUGCUUACAUCAGAUUACGAUGCCGUGUUCGUUCUACGCGAUUUUACAUUUUAAAUAAAUUUUAUAAAUUUAAUAAAUGUUAGAUUUUUAAUUUACUUCGACGCUUGUAUUACAGCGUGGAAAGAAGCGUGUAAUUAUUUGAAACAGUUCGAACGAUAUUAUCUCUUAACGUAUGAAUUUUAUUCCAUUUUUUUUUUUUUUUUUUUUAUUAACUUCCUUCACUUGGAUAAAAUACUCGUGUUACUUACGCGAUCAUUUAACAAUUAUUUUCAUCGUUCCUUAAAAUAUCACCCACUUCGCACAUUAUUUUUCGCUUUCGAAUAAAAUGUUCAUCGAUCUUUGAUCUUUCAUAUUCGAUGUAUACGAUAAUCUAACGAUUAAUAUCGCGAUACGGUACAUCAUCGCGAAAGUUUCUAGUAGAAACGCUAAUAUUCAGCGUUCUGCAAUGCGUCCGAUUCAAAUGUCGACGGAGAAAGGCGGGUUUUUCGAGUGCCUGGCCGUGACCCGUUUCGAAUUACAUAAGCGAGAGCCGGCUCUAUCUUGGCCCCAAAGUCGACUCGACCAGGAUCGAGCGAACGAACGAACGAACGAACCAAACGUGUGGGGUGAACAUCCAGACAAGGUCAGAGUCAUACGAUCGAACCACCAGGAUGCACUUGCGGUGCAGCCUGCAAAAUGCGCAUCUACUCGAUUUCUUCUUUCCUUUCUGCUCGCGUGCACACGCCUAUCUCCAGACGUAGCAAUGAUAGCGUCUUUGUUUGGCCGAAUGGAUAUCUAUUUUAAUUCUACGCAACGUCUUCGUGUCACUAAAGAUGUUCCAGUAUUUGGUAGAUUGUGAAAAAUGUCUGAAACUUAAACCGAGUGAAAUUGAUUUCUUUAAAAUAAGUUGAGAACAUGAUCGUCCAUAUAUAUUUUGUUUAUUUACCGACUACUCGUUAAACCAUAAGAAAAAUAUUAUUUUUCAAACGAAUUGAAUUAAUUCUUGAAGAAGUUGUUACUAUCAUUUUGUGUGUGGUAUCAAAUUUUGCCACAGAAAAUCUAUUAAUUACUAAUUAUUUAUCAACACUAUCGAUAAUCUCAAUGUGAUUUUAUUGCACUGCAUAAAUGUACAGCUAACAAAUUCAUCCAAUAUUGUAAUUUCGAUCGAAUUGAUAUUUCAACGUUACUAUCGAAACAUGUCCGCUCGUUCGCUAACGAGGAGCAGUUCGUUAACCCUUUCUCGUUGGAAGGCUAAAAUAUACAAUCUCGAAUCAUAUCGGAUAAUUACACACGGCGAAAAAAUUAAAACCAGACGCAUUAACGAAACUAAUUAAUUCGAUAAUCUGACCACGAUUGCUCUGCUUUUCCACCGAAGAGAACCAGAUCCGAAGUAAUUCCGUGUUGAUAGAAAUACGAUGAAAAUUCUGUAGAACGAGUUCGUAAGAUCCGAACGGGGGAAUACGACGACGACAUAAAAAUAUACUCGUCGCGAUCGUUUUCAUCGCGUCACGUUCUGAAGUCUACGUGUAUUUAUAGAUUGUCUCGAAUUAUUCUGAUUGAUAUCGGUAUUCGAGUAUUAUAAUCUGAAAAUAUCUGUCACUUGCGUAACGUGCAGCCACGACUGAACGAUGUAAUUCGAUUUUCACAGCCACCCAGCGAUGAUAAAUUCGAGUAUUAAUACAAUAGAAAAGUUACGGCUCCCCUUAAGAAAUUAAUUCCCUCGCUGGUGAAAGACUUUAGUUACGACACUUUACAUUCGGGAGACCGGCGUGGUAUGCAGCCAGCACGUAAUGCGCAAGAAAAUUGCGAGUCGCUGUCGCUGCUGUUACUCGCAAGAAUAUGAUGUGGUAAUCCGCAUGGAAGAAAAAGAAAGCGCAUUUAGAACAUUUACACGAACGUUAAACUGCAGAACGUGGAUGAUCGGUGUUUUAUAUCAUAAUUGUGCGCGAAUGACGUGAAUUGAAUUCGAAUCCGUAGUCGGAUAGGUCAAUGGGUUCUCCGAAUGAAUGGAAAUCGAAGACUUUGCGUUUUAUGAAAGGAAAAUUAGGCAUCAAGAUAUAAAAAUACUCGCUGUUUCUCCGAUUCAAGAUGGAAAUAAAUCGGAUACUACGAAUAGACUAGGAAUAGACUAUUCAUGGUAGACGUAACAUGACUGUAAAUUUGUAUUCAAAACACAGGAUGCAUACGGAAUGCAUAAAAUAUCCGCGGUAGAGUACGUCUUAUAAUUUUUAAUAAGCACAUUCCUAUUUCCUAGUGCUAUUUCCUUAAUUGUGAGCAUAAAAAGAAUAACAAAUUUGUAUAGAAAUCUAUACAAUCUAAUUAUCAAUGUAUUCGUGUCAUAAAAUGUCUUUUGUAUUGAUACAGCUACCAACAGUAAGUUGCCGUUGGUCGGUCCCAAUUAUGAAAUUUGGCAAUCAUAAACGUAGUUAUAGCAGGCUACAGGCCUGAACGAAGCGACUAACGAAGUAAACGUCAACGUUGACGCUGACACGCUACUAAUGGGACAAAAUUUAAAAUAUGCGAUUAAAACGUCUGCAAGAUUUAACAGUGCAAUCUGACAGUUUCGGUUCAUGAUUUUCUUUUUUUUCUUUUUCUCGUGCCUCUCACGGGAGAACGACAUUUACACUGGAGUUCGUAAUUGAAACUCGUAAAGUCGACGCACGGAUUUGUCCUGAGGUUCUUUAAUCGGGUAACCUUACGUAAUAUGAUCCAAUUUAGCACGAGUUCGUUCGUUCGGUUUGUUCGUUCUCCAGUGGUACACGGUGGAGUUAAGCGUACAGAGCAAUUCUCUAGUCUCGCUAUCACCGAGGAAAUCGGCUAAGAAAUCCGCAACCGCGUAAAAACUAACGUUACCACGCGGCCUGUCGAUGUAAAUUUAAUUCGACUGGCGUUACAUCGAGAAUCAUGACAGGAAAAGCACACGGUUUGACGAUUCGUGAAGGUAGUUUUACCAGACAUUUGCGAGACAAGUCUCACCGGAAAUUGAGAAAAUUUGUAUGCACAUUUUGACAUAUACGUUCUUCAUUACAUAUACAUAUAUUACUAAUACUUAUGCGAUGAAUGGCAUCGUAUAUUAGUUACACAGUAAUUAUUAUUGCGUAAUGUAUUCGUAAUUGAAAAUCUAAAUAUUAAAAGAGAUUAUAUAAUAUAGCGAUGUUAGAAGUUAUCUUAGCUAA